CUUAACUUUAGCACUACGUCAGGGGCAGUCUCUGGAGUCACUCGUAGAGGUUGAGUCGGCCCCACUGCCAAGAUGAUCCCUAUGCUGCUGCUAGGUCUCUGGGGGCCCCUGGGCUGGAGCCUGCUGGAAGCCUGGGCCCAGGCCCCUGGGACCAGCUUCUCCCAUCCACAUGGCUCCAGACUAUCUGGGGACUGGAGAGAAGAGACCAAGAAAACCGACAGAGACCCCAUUCUACGUAACUGGUGUCCCUAUCAGGAGUACAAGCUGGUCACUUUUGUAGCCGCUUGCAAAACGGAGAAAUACCUUGUUCACUCACAGCAGCCAUGCCCACAGGGGGCUCCCGACUGCCAGAACGUCAAAGUUAUGUACCGCAUGGCCCAGAAGCCUGUGUACCAGAUCAAGCAGAGGGUGAUGGCUUCCAUUAACUGGAGGUGCUGCCCUGGGUUUUCAGGUCCUGACUGCCAGCAUCAUGAUCCUGUGGCAAUCCCUGAGUCUACAGAUCUAGGUGAUGACCUUCUGGAGUCUUGGGACAGGCCAGUCAGCCUGGAACCUGCCCACCAGGCAGUAGAGAUUGACAACAGUGCUGGAGAAGAGCUCCAGAGUGACACUCACCCGGCGGUGGACAGUCCCCCAGGCCCAUGGAAGGCCUUGGCAAGCAACCUCACAGCUGCAAUGACAGUGAUGGAAGCAAAUCAGACAGAGUCUGAGUUUCCCGAUGAAGACAAGGGGCAGAUGCUACUGCUCCAGAUGGACACCUUCCUGAAAGCGCAUCUCAGCCCCAUCUGGUGGAGCUUCAACCAGAGUCUGCACAACCUCUCGCAGGCCAUAAGAAACCUGUCUCUUGAUGUCGAGGCCAACCGGCAGGCCAUCAGGAAGGUCCAGGAGAGCACUGUGGCCAGGGAUGACCUCCAGGAGCUUGGUGCCAAGUUCGAGACCAAGGUCCAGGAGAACGCCCAGAAAGUGGGCCAGCUGCAGCAGAACCUGGAGGACCGCCUGGACGCCCAGCGCCUCUCCCUGCAGCAUUCCCUCAACCAGGUCCAGGCUGACGUGGACACCAAGUUCAAGAAAUUCCUGAAGGCCCACGAACGCAAUGACAGCCUGCUGGUGGCAGCUGUGGGGACGGCGGCCAGGCCGGAACCCGAGAGCCUGCAGGCCCGGCUGGGCCAGCUGCAGAGAAACCUCUCAGCCCUGCACGCAGCUGCUGGCCACAGGGAAGAGGAACUGAGCAGCGCCCUAGCUGACAUGAAGGCCACCCUGACCCAGCACGAGAACGAGAUCAAGGAGCUCUACUCCGAAUCUGAUGAGACCUUCGACCAGAUCAGCAAAGUGGAAGAGUUGGUGAGGAACCUGCAGGUGAACCACACGGCACUGCGGGAGCUGCGGAUCAUCCUGAUGGAGAAGUCGCUCAUCAUGGAGGAGAACAAAGAGGAACUGGAGCGACAGCUGCUGGAGCUCAACCUCACGCUCCAGCAGCUACAGGGCGCGCAGGCCGACCUCCUCAAGUACAUCAAGGACUGCAACUGCCACAAGCUCUCGGUAAACCUGGACGCCAUCCGCGAGGACCAGCAGGGCGCCACCACGCGGGCCCUGGAGGACGCGCAGGAGAGCCUCGACGGGUCCUCGCCGCAGGCCCUGGGCGGCAGGGUGGACGCCCUGUCCGCCGCCCUGGACGUGCUGGCGGCGGAGGGCGAGCAGGCGCGGGCGGAGCGGGCCCGGCUGCGCACCCAGCUACGGGCCCUGCGCGGAGACACCGACGCGCUGCAGGCGGCCGAGCCCGAGGUGCGCGCGGAGGUGAGGGGGCUGCACGGCUCCUUCUCGGCGCUGCUGGCCGACGCGCUGCGCCACGAGGCCGUGCUGGCCGCGCUCUUCGGGGAGGAGCUGCUGGAGGCCCUGACAGAGCCGGCAGCCGACCAGCUGCCGCUGACCUACGAGCAGAUCCGCCAGGGCCUGCGGGACGCCGCCGCUGGGCUGCAGGAGCAGGCGCUCGGCUGGGACGCGCUGGCUGCGCGGGUCACGGCCCUGGAGCGGGUCGCUGGGCAGAGCUCGACCGGGGCCCAGGCGUGGCCCCCGCUACCCUCAGCGCGCCUGGAGCCCAGCCACGACGCGACCCCGGAGGAGGCCGGCGGCCCGGAGCUGGCGCUGCUGGCCCGGGAGCUGCGGCGCCUGAGCGCAGACGUGGAGCUCGCGGGACAGUGCUGCGGGGCCGCCGCCCGCAACAGCUCCCUCGAGCUCCUGCGUGGGGCUCUGGCCAUCCACCAGCGCAGCCUGGAGCAGCACCAGCAGCUCUUCCACAGCCUGUUCAGGAACUUCGAAGGGCUUGUGUUGGCCAAUAUCAGCCUGGAUCUGGGGAAGCUACAGGCCAUGCUCGACAGGAAAGCCAAGAAGCAGCAGAAGGAUCUGGAAGCUCCCAAGAAGAGAGACAAGAAGCAAGUGGAGCCUUUGGCUGAUGCACAUGGCAAAGGGCUUGAGCCGGACACCCUGAGAGCCCAGCUCUGGGAAACAGGAUCCCCUGUGGCCUUCUAUGCCAGCUUUUCAGAGGAGAUGGCUGACCUGCAGACACUGAAGUUCAACACUACUCACCUCAACAUUGGCAGCAGCUACUUCCCAGAAAAUGGCUACUUCCGAGCCCCUGAGCGUGGGGUCUACCUGUUUGCAGUGAGCAUUGAAUUUGGCCCAGGACCAGGCACUGGGCAGUUAGUCUUUGGGGGUCACCACAGGACCCCCAUUUGUACCACUGAAGGGCAGCAGGGUGGAAGCACGGUGACGACCUUUGCAAUGGCUGAGCUGCAGAAGGGUGAGAGAGUGUGGUUUGAGCUAACUCAGGGGUCUGUAAGAAAGAGAAGCCCUUCAGGCACUGCAUUUGGGGGCUUUCUGAUAUUCAAGACCUGAACUCUGAGCACAGUUCUGAUGAGACACUGAAGAUUUUCCCAGCUCUUUCUCCUUGGCCUGAGACUUGGGCCAAGGUCAGUCUGGAAGCCACCUACUUGACUGAGCAAGUCUUCCCUGGACUCUUGCACAGCGAACGUGGUAUGUGCAGCCUUCCUCUGGAUGCACUGAGUUGAAUAUUUCUUACUGAUGAGAAGGACUGGUGCUUCUCCAGGACAGAGUCUGGCCUGGGCACUGUGACCUAGGCUUGGCGUCUCUUCAGGGGCAGCAGGACUGGACUCAACUAUUUAGCACUCCUUGUGUUUCGACAGCUAGCUCUCUCUCUUUCUCUCUCUCCCUCUCUGUGUGUGUGUGUUUUCUUGUUUCUUCUUUGGUUGGAAACUUCCUAACAACACUUUUAGCCUUUCUCUCCCUUUCUUUUUCCUCAUCUCAUGUUAGAAAAACUUUUUUUUUUUUUUCAGGUUCAAUCGCCAGCACCAUCAUAAGCCAGAGCUGAGCAGUGUUCUGGUCUUCCUCUCAUUGAAAUAAAAUAAAUAAAAUAUUUUUAAAAUAAAAAAUAAAGCAACUA